AUGGAUUACACGCUGUCGGAAGCUAUGAGCUACCGGUCGGACGGCAUCAAGAACGCCAUUGUGCUGUACGACGUGAUGUGUCAGUAUGGUGUGCACCUCCCAAAACGCUUCAAGGACGGACCGCGGCUCCGGAUGCCGCGGGGCCUUACACUUUACCUGGGCAUCGGCUUGUUCCAUGUACAUGGCCACCAGUCGAAGUGCCUGCUCGAGUACGCCCCGACGUUCAUGCGCGGCGCCGGACAAGUGGAUGGGGAGAUCGUCGAAACGAUGUGGUCUCCAUUGGGCAAGGUGUUCGGAAGUACUCGGACGAUGGCGACGUCGCAUCGGCAAGAAACUCUCGACCGUCAUAUGAACGACUGGAAUUGGCGCAAAAUGGUGUCAUUAGGUUCUCACCCCCUUCCAGUCCCAGCAUUGAAGAAACGCAUUGCCGCAAACCGGGUACUCCUUGAGAGCUUCCGAGAGGCGCUGGAGGAUCAGGAAGCCGGGAUCGAAGCCGACAUCCUGGCUCAAUGGAUGUCAGCGGUCGCAGAAGCCCACAAAAAACGUGUGAAGGAUGUGACAGUGAUGGACGCAUUUGAGGUUCAGGGCCAGCAUGGAAGGGAUAACAACAUCAUCGUCGGAGCAGCGGAGUGGAUGGUUGAGGGAAUGAGGAUUGAGGAUGCACAAAUUGCGCUGCAGCGGGUAGUAAGGGCCUAUGGGACCAAGACAACGGCAGAGCAGCGUUUGAACAUCGCGAAACAGAGAAAACGGCUCGAACUCCGGAUCGAGCGCUUCCUAAGGAAGGGGGAGGAGAUUGUGGGUACGAACGAAUGGGACGACGGUCGGCAGCAUACCGAGGUUAUCGACGACAACGGUGACCUAUCCGACUGGGAAGACAUGCAGAACAACGGCCAAGCAGCCGCCGGGCCCAACGUAACAGGCAAUGUCCCGGCUUCUACUCCGAAAUCAAGAAAGCGAGAUGGGAGGGCAGCGGAGUGGCGGCUGUUGUCACUUCCAUCGUCCUACUCUGUCGACACGAUCAAGACUGCGGACGUGCAGCCAUAUGCAAAAGCGGAACUGGAGCUACGAAUCGGGCAAGCGAACGACAUCUUGCACCAAUUGCGGAUAUUGCUCAGCCAAAAGUCAUUUGUAAUGCGUGCGAAGGUGCGCGAUGCCAAGUCUCAGUCGCGGAAGACACGGGCGUGGGCGGAUGUGCAUGCUGUUCAGAAAGGAGUGGAACACCAGGCCCGUAUGUACAGGAAGGUGCGGCAUGCGAUGACAGUGCUCGGAGCAACAACGUCAACACUUCGAAAGUACCAGAAAUUGGUGCCUGACGACUUGAAGGUCAGCACAGCAAUCGUAGAACCGAACCAGAGGGGGCAGCGACAUACCCGGCUACCCUGGAUAUGGACGACGGAUGUUCAAGGCGAUAUGAACGCAAAUGAGACAAUGACGGAAUUACACCGUGUGCAUUGGUUCCGAGCACGGUCACAGUUCGAGCGAGCCGAAGAAGAGGACAAUAUCCUCCGCCGGGAGCUGGAUUCUGUCCGGAGAUAUUUUGAGUACGAGACGAAACGGUGGGCAGAUCAUGCCGCCAACCGGAAGAGCGGAAAGUAUCCUGGGUAUGCGGAGGAUGCUGACACUGCCUAUGGUAUCAUGUACCUGGGGAGAUAA